CACCAAGACGGUCACCCGGCCCAGCCUUCCCGGAGCCGCUUCCGCCCCGCCCGCUGCCGGGAAGCCCCGCCCGCCGGAGGGUAGCAGCGGGGGCCGGGGUCGGCCGCCGGGCGGGGCUUCCGAGCCCGGGGUCCUGGAGGAGGGUCGCCCCGGCCCCGCCACGUGCCUUCGCCUCUCCGCUCGGGGCCCCGCGCGCCGCAGGCCUUGACUUCCCCCCACGCGGCUAAUAAAUACUCAAUGAACGAAGCUGGGCGGUCCGCUCGGGGUCUGCGGGGGCGCCAGGGUCAGCUCAGGGCCGGGGAACCGAGGCCAGCGGCGCCCCCCGCUGCGCCGGGUGAGGGGUCUGCCCGGGGGUCUCGGGGUUCGGGGCCAGGUCACGGAGGAGUCGGCUCUGGGCGCUUCCUUGUGAGGAGAGGAGCCGGGCGGGCCGGGCCGACGGGUUGGGCUGCAUACCCGGGCCUGUGCUCACCCCCGGCAUAAAACCCCACUUCAUGGAGCCUGCACCUCGCUCGUGCUCCAACGCUCCUGCCGGCGCUGACCCCGACCCUGCGCCCCAGCCAGGCCUGAGGACAUGAGGCGGCCCGCGGCGGUGCCGCUGCUGCUGCUGCUGUGUCUCGGGACUCAGGGGGCCAAGACAGCAACAGCCUGUGGGCGCCCCAGGAGGCUGAACCGAAUGGUGGGCGGGCAGGAUGCGCAGGAGGGCGAGUGGCCCUGGCAGGUCAGCAUCCAGCGCAAUGGAAGCCACUUCUGCGGGGGCAGCCUCAUCGCGGAGCGGUGGGUCCUGACGGCCGCGCACUGCUUCUCCAACACCUCGGAGACGUCCCUGUACCAGGUACUGCUGGGGGCAAGGCAGCUAGUGCAGCCGGGACCGCAUGCCAUGUAUGCCCGGGUAAGGCGGGUGGAGAGCAACCCCCUGUACCAGGGCAUGGCCUCCAGUGCUGAUGUGGCCCUGGUGGAGCUGGAGGCACCGGUGACCUUCACCAAUUACAUCCUCCCCGUGUGCCUGCCGGACCCCUCAGUGAUCUUUGAGACGGGCAUGAACUGCUGGGUCACAGGCUGGGGCAGCCCCAGUGAACAAGACCUCCUGCCCAACCCGCGGACCCUGCAGAAACUCGCCGUGCCCAUCAUCGACACGCCCAAGUGCAACCUGCUCUACGGCAAGGACGCCGAGUUUGGCUACCAACCGAAAACCAUCAAGAGCGACAUGCUGUGCGCCGGCUUCGAGGAGGGCAAAAAGGACGCCUGCAAGGGCGACUCGGGCGGUCCCCUGGUGUGCCUAGUGGGCCAGUCGUGGCUGCAGGCUGGAGUGAUAAGCUGGGGUGAGGGCUGCGCCCGCCAGAACCGCCCAGGUGUCUACAUCCGUGUCACCGCCCAUCACAACUGGAUCCACCGAAUCAUCCCCCAGCUGCAGUUCCAGCCGGCGAGGUCGGGCAGCCAGAAGCGAGACCCCCGGGGGCAGGAGCCCCUCGAGCGGAGCUCUGCGCCCAGCCUGGCUGCCCACACCAUCCUGCUGGUCCUUCCAGCGCUGCUGUUGCAGUUCUGAGCCCCAUCAGGCUCAUUUGUAAAUAUCGCUUCUUUCUCCCUCUCAAAUAUUAUUUUAUUUAUGUCCUUUCCAAUAAAAACCCAGCCUGUGUGCCGGCUG